GUUUGAAUUCCCUUCACGCAACCCUAAACACUUUCAAUCACACGUCUAAUUGGGCCACUUUUUCAAUUUCUCCCCAAUUUCUCGUCAAACUCCAUUACUCCCUUGAAACAAUGAGCAACUCCCAUAGUUAUCUUUGAUAAACAAACACAAAAAUAUGUAAAUCAAGAAUCAAGAUCUUUAUCUAAUUCAUGUUUCCCUGGUAAACUUUGUGUUAAUAUGUCUUGGUUGGACAGUCUACCUGUAAAAGCAUUAACUUUUUUCCCCCAAAAACUAAAAUCUUGACCAAACCCACUUCAAUUUCCCCUUUCCCACUUUGAUUUUCUUCAUAUCCAUCCAAGAAAAUUGGUUGGGGAUUCAAAAUAAAUUCACAAACAGGGUUGAUUGAUUUUUGUAGCCAUAUUCAACAUCAGGGUGUGAGCUGCAUUUUGGGGCAAAGGCUAUAAAAUCUUGAAUACAUGUUCUAACAAAGCCUAUUGGGAUGGGGACACAACUCAUUAGGCAUCCCCUCAAAGAAGAGAGCCUCGACAUUCCAUCAAUUCCACCUGGUUUCGAGUCUUUUACACCUUUUAGAAUAGACGAUAAUACCCCCGCAUCCACAAUUGGUUCUGCAUUACCAACAGCCAAAAAAGAACAAGAAAUCGUGCACCAUGAGGAUAAAAAAGUAAAAAGGUCUCUUAGGCGUAAACCAGGGGUAAACUAUAGUCAAUUUGAUUGCACUUCAGGAGACGAGUCUAAUUCCAAGACAUUCAAUCACAUUCACAUUGAUCAAACUUCAAGAUCUCGUGGGGUUACACGUGGGUGUGAAAAGGGUAGCAAUUGCCAAAAGGUCACUGCAAAAUGGCAUCUGGAAGAAGCUCGGGUGCCUAAUCUUUCAGAGGCUCCUGUAUUUUAUCCGACUGAAAAGGAGUUUGAGAAUACUUUAGAGUACAUUGCAAGCAUUCGUGAUAAAGCAGAAGUAUUUGGCAUAUGUCGUAUAGUACCACCUUCAUCAUGGAAACCUCCAUGCCCUCUCAAGGAAAAAACCGUGUGGGAAACUUCCAUGUUUUCCACUCGUAUUCAAAGGGUUGACAAACUUCAAAAUCGGGAUUCCUUGAAAAAAUCUUUCAAAGCAAAUCACCACAAAAAGAAAAGAAGGCGAAGAAGCACAAAAGCAGGUGUUGAUCAAGAUCAUGGGACACCUGGUUCUUCGAGUCCAAUGGCUCAUGAUUUUGGGUUCGAACCUGGUCCAAGUUUCACUCUUGAUGGAUUCAAGAAAUAUGCGGAUGAUUUCAAAAGACAAUAUUUUAGAAAAAAUGUGGAUGAAUCCGAUACUAAAAGAUCAUGUGAACCCUCUAUUGAAAACAUUGAGGGUGAAUAUUGGCGUGUGGUAGAGAAGCCUACCGAAGAUGUUGAGGUGCUUUAUGGAGCUGAUUUAGAAACAGGGACAUUUGGUAGUGGUUUUCCCAAUAUGCCCUCACAAGUUGAAGGUGCAGAUGAAAAGUACUUAAAAUCCGGUUGGAACUUGAAUAACUUCCCAAAGCUUCCAGGUUCAGUGCUCUCAUAUGAAAGUAGUGAUAUAUCUGGUGUUUUGGUUCCAUGGUUGUAUAUAGGAAUGUGCUUCUCAUCUUUUUGUUGGCAUGUUGAAGAUCAUCAUUUAUAUUCAAUGAAUUACAUGCAUUGGGGGGAUCCAAAAAUAUGGUAUGGUGUUCCAGGACAAGAUGCCAUUAAAUUAGAGGAAGCUAUGAGAAAGCAUUUACCCGAUCUUUUUGCACAACAACCAGAUUUGCUUCAUAAACUUGUGACACAACUUUCUCCAUCAAUACUAAAAUCUGAGGGGGUGCCUGUGUAUCGAUGCAUUCAAAAUCCUGGAGAAUUCGUGUUGACUUUUCCUCGAUCAUAUCAUUCAGGAUUCAACUGUGGUUUUAAUUGUGCUGAGGCUGUGAAUGUGGCUCCUUUUGAUUGGUUGCUUCAUGGGCAUAAUGCAAUUGAACUUUAUCGUGAACAGGGGAGAAAAACAUCAAUUUCUCAUGAUAAACUCUUGCUUGGAGCUGCAAGAGAUGCUGUAAAAGCUCAAUGGGAAAUGAAUUUGCUUCGAAAUAAUACACCUGAUAACCUAAAAUGGAAAGAUGUUUGUGGGAAAGAUGGGAUCCUAUUGAAAGCCCUCAAGGAACGUUUGGAAAUGGAGCGUGUGAUGAGGGAUUAUCUUUGUAAAACUGGUCAAAAAGCAUUAAAAAUGGAAGCCACUUUUGAUGCCACAAAUGAAAGAGAAUGCAGUGUAUGCUAUUUUGACCUUCAUCUUUCGGCUGCAGGGUGUCACCAUUGUUCACCUAACAAGUAUUCUUGCUUGAAUCAUGCAAAAGAAUUUUGUGGGUGUUCAUUGAACUCAAAGUUUUUCCUUUUUCGUUAUGACAUGAGUGAUUUGGGGAUUCUUGUUGAAGCUUUAGAAGGAAAAUUAAGUGCAAUUUAUAGAUGGGCAAAACUUGAUCUUGGACUCAUAUUAACAAACCAUGUACCUAAAGAUUCGGGUAUAAAGUCACCAUCCAAAGAGACAUUGGUUGUGAAAAAUAGUGAUGAUGUUAUUAUUAUUCUUAGUGAUGAUGAGGGUGAAAAUUCCAUCAAAAAAGACAAAUCUUGCAAAAGUGAUACACUACAAGGUGUGGGUGACAUCACUCGUGGGUCCCACCAAGAAAUGGUUUCCUCCCAAAAGAAUCUUGAGAGAUGUAAUAGACGUAAAGGUCCUUGUAUUGCUAAGGUUGUUAGAAGGUUAAAUUGCAAUGUUGAGCUUCUUGAAUUUGGAAUUGUGCAAUCGGGAAAGUUAUGGUGUGAUAAUUGUGCCAUUUAUCCUAAAGGAUUCCGGAGUAGGGUUAAGCAUAUAAAUAUUCUUGAUCCAACAAAUACGUGCUACUACAUUUCAGAAAUCUUGGAUGCUGGAUGGGAUAGACCUAUAUUUAUGGUUUCUUUGGAGAAUUGUGUAAGUGAAGUGUUUAUCCAUUUAUCAGCUGUGAAAUGUUGGGAUAUGGUGAGGGAGAGAAUUAAUCAAGAAAUCUUGAAGCUUCAUAAGUUGGGAAGAUUAAAGCUUCCACCUUUACAGCCUUCUGGAAGUCUUGAUGGCAUGGAAAUGUUCGGUUUCUCCUCCCCUUUCAUCUUGCAGGGGAUUCAGUCAAAGGAUAGGCAUCGGAUGUGUAAAGAAUACUGGGAAUCAAGGCCUUUUCACACUCAAUCCCAUGAUGAUAUGUGUGGGAGUUCAUCUGUAAAUAUUGAAGAUCAAAGUAACUCAGGAGAUGAUACCAUUGUAUCGGGUUUGUUCAAGAAAGCAAAUUUAGAGGAAUUAAACGUGUUCAUGAGUGUUUUGACUAAGGAUGAUUCAAAUCAGAAUAGGGUAAUGAGACUCCUCAAUGAAGAGAUUGUGAAACGACUGAGACAAAUUAAAAAAUGCUCAUGAGUGUUUGGAGCAAUGAAGAGAUAGUUAAACGACUGACAUGACAUGAUCUAACUAAUGUUUUCUUGUUUUGUGAAACGUUUCAAUCUUGUGUAGUUAGUUAGUGGUUAGAAUAGGGUUUACCUGUUGGUGACAAAUGGUAGAUAUCAAAUUUUUGAUGGUUGUUGGGUUAAUGUUGAGAAAUUUGAAUUCUUCAGCAAGACCUUGUUUUUUAGACUAUGG